UAAUUAAGUAACUAUUUAGUUCAUUUAUAAAGCAAAUGUUGCUUAAUGAUAGAAAAAUUUAUGGUUUCUUCGUACUUUAACGAAACAUAACAACAUAACCUCUCUUACUAGUGCUUAAUCAAAACAAACAGCAAUGGCAACAAAGUUCGAUGCUGCACUUUAUAACUUUCGUAAGAAAUGCCCAUACGUUAGCAAGGACCUGCUACGAUGGUUCCCGGGACACAUGAACAAGGGCCUAAAACAAAUGCAACGCAAACUAAAAUCCGUCGACUGCGUGAUAGAAGUGCACGAUGCACGCAUACCAUUUUCUGGCCGGAACCCUAUCUUUACCAGCACUCUCACAGGUGCUAAACCUCACAUACUAGUGUUUAAUAAGAAAGACUUGAGUAAUCGCUCGUAUAUACCGAGGAUAAAGGACCAGCUGAAAGCAGAGGAGGGCAUAGAGAAUGUUGUGUUCACUAACUGCAAAGACGAACACUGUCGCGGUCUCAAGACCGUGCGCCCCUUACUUGUGGAUACAAUAAAAAACUCUAACAGAUACAAUCGGAGUGAAGAAAUAGAUUACAAUGUAAUGAUAAUUGGAGUGCCAAAUGUGGGGAAAUCAUCACUCAUCAACAUGCUCCGCAGCAACAACAUGCGCCUACGACAUGCGUUGCCCGUUGGUGCUGUGGCCGGAGUCACUCGAAGUCUCAUGACCAAGAUUACAAUAAACAAUAAUCCUAAGAUAUUUAUGUUUGAUACUCCAGGUAUUCUGGAGCCGACAGUGAAAGAUAUUGAGAUGGGUUUGAAGCUGGCCCUGUGUGCCUCGCUCCAGGACCACUUGGUGGGAGAGGAGAUCAUUGCCGACUACCUCCUGUACUGGCUGAACAGCCACAACAACUUCAAGUAUGUGGAGUACAUGGGACUUGAGGAGCCUUGCGAUGAUAUCAAUAGGGUGCUCAUCGCGGGCGCCAUCAAGCUGAACAGGAUCCGGAAGACGCGCGACUUCGACGGCACGGUACGCGAGGUACCGGACAUCCUGGAGGUGGCGCGGGCCAUGGUGCGCGCUUUCCGCACCGGCGAGCUCGGCAGGACGCUGCUCGAUAUCGACCUGCUCAAGCGGACCAGGGAGAAGGAGACGGCGAUAGCGUGAUGUCCUUUACUUGUAUGAGGGAAGAAGGAGAAAGCUAUAGCGUGAUGUCUCUUACUAGUAGAAGAUUUUCCUUUGAGGCUGGGUGACGAGUGACGCCUGAUUAAGCUUGACUUUUGGAUUAUACUUUCACUUCUGUUUUGCUGACCUGGUCAGUGUGGGAAUCUUGUUUAUACUUAUUGUAAGAAGAUUUUAGCCGUAAGAGUACCUUUUGCACCCUGCUAUAGGAGGAGCUUAGAGCUCAAAUUAACCUCGCAAGCAGGAAAAAUAAAUCACAGAACCUGACAAA